UUUGCUUCUUAUUCUUAGAAAAGACACUUUUUUUUUUAAUUUGCUCAAAAGACUUGAGACAACGGUAUAAUUUUAAAUUGAUAAAACGAGGGCAUUUUAUUACCAAAUCGUAAUCUUUAUUAUCAAAGAUAGUAGUUAUCAUAUUUUAUUGUUUAUCGCGACGUUUACAUUGUUUUGCAGUAAUAGAAGUGCAGUUAAAUCAAUAAAAAGUUCAAUCAGUAACUCGUGGUUCUAAAACAGUGAUGUUAACAUAUUUAUAAAAUAAAAAGGAAAGAAUGUUAAAAAACAUGAAGGUUGAUAAAAAAUUGCUGCCCAUAAAGGGACAUUACUUUCUUUUUAACGCUGGUACCGCACCUUUAGUCCCAUAUUUAUCAACAUAUGCUCGCCAGUUGGGAUUCUCAUCAGCAACAGUUGGUUUAAUUUACACAGUCCUACCAAUAUUUGGUUUAGUUGCAAAACCUUUGUUCGGAAUAAUAGCUGACAGGUUUAAAAGACAAAAAUCGAUAUUUAUUUUAUUCCAAAUUGUGACUAUAGUUAGUUUUUCGGCUAUUUAUACUAUACCUGGUGAGACAGGAAAUACUUCAUCUGUGCAAUUGGAAUGUGGCAAUGGAGCAUCCUUUCUCCGCAGUUGCUAUCAAGAUGCGAAAUCGAUUAAUCAAUGCAGUAAAAACUCAUUAGGAAAUCUCAACGGUACAUCAAAAUGUAAUAUGAGUUGUGAAAUGAACUCUCCCAAGAUGUGGCAAACAGUUUGCGAACAUUGGCAUAUGCCCCAAUACUGUUAUAGCGAGACGGAUCUAAUAGAAUACACAGCACAUAUUAAUAAUGCUGAUCUUAGAGAUGAUCAAUGCUUGUAUUUAAAUACGGAUGCAGUAAAACUAGAUGGAUACCCUUAUACACCACAUUGUCACAUUGGUGAGGGAUAUCGUGAUCUCAAUCAAUCUUGCGCAAUGAAUUGUACAAACUCCAAGCUGUUUUCGGCGAUAGGCAAUUCAAAGCCAAUUAUGACUUGCUCAAAUAAAUUGCUCAAUUUCCGUUUAUGUUCAAAUGAUACAAAUGCUCUCAAAGAAGCUGCUACACAAACAAAUGAUGAAUGUCAGGUUUCUUGUGACUUAGAUAAGUCAGCUCCUUGGCGUCUUAUGGAGAUAUGUGAAGCAUGGGGAGCUGAUGCAGCCAAAACAUGCCGUCCAAAGACCAGAAUUGGUACAGAAUUCCCUAAAAAUCUCUCAUUUGUUGGAAGUGUGCUGCUUUCUACAGUAAUUACUGAAGAGGAAUGUGCAUUUGUCCAGCUUAAUCAUAUCAAGUUACCUGAUGGUUCCAUUCACUAUCCAAAUUGUAUGAAGAAAGCUGCAUUUGAAACUGGGAAAGAUAUAUUUUAUCCAAGUUGUAAUAUCCAAUGUGAUAAUAUGGCUAUUAAUGAAUGGUUUCAAUCAGCAACAGAGAGUCGUAACAAUUCAACACAAUAUACAAGACAGUUUUGGCUUUUCUUCCUACUGAUGAUAAUAAGUUGGAUUGGUCAAGCUGUGGUAGUGACUUUUGCAGAUGCUAUAUGUUUCAACGUAUUAGGGCCACAAGUUGCUUUAUACGGCAAACAGCGACUUUGGGGUUCCGUUGGCUGGGGUAUAUUUUCAUUACUAACUGGUACAUUAAUUGACUGGUUCAGUGAAGGCGCUUACAAAGAUUAUACGAUCGCCUUUAUACUAAUGUUUGUGUUUAUGUGUGGAGAUGUUAUUGUUUCAUGCUUUAUUAAGAGUGAAUCUACAAAGAUGUCGGUUAAUAUUUUAAUAGACGUUGGUACUCUGCUUUCUUCGAUACCUACGCUCGUGUUUAUGCUAUGGACGAUUGCUGUUGGUUUGUGUACCGGUCUUCUCUGGCAAUUCCUCUUUUGGCUUCUAGAAGAUAUUUAUGGCUGUGAUAAUUCUGAUUAUGUUAAAACAUUGCAAGGAUUGGUUAGUGCUAUUCAGACGUUCGGUGGUGAGAUACCGUUCAUGUUUGCAUCCGGUUAUAUUCUUAAAAAGUUGGGCCAUGUUAAUAUGAUGAGUUUAGUGCUAUUUGCGUUUGGUGUACGUUUUGUGCUAUAUUCUUUACUGACUAACGCAUGGUGGGUGCUUCCAAUAGAGAUGUUACAAGGUAUAACAUUCGGAAUGUUUUACCCAACGAUGGCAUCCUAUGCCAAUGUUGUGUCACCACCGGGAACCGAAACAACUGUACAGGGCCUUGUUGGUGCAGUUUUCGAAGGAGUUGGCACUUCCCUAGGCAGUUUUAUUGGUGGAAGAUUAUAUGAAACAUAUGGAGGUUCAAAUACUUUCCUGUGGUUUGGUAUUGGAUCACUUAUAUGUUGCGUUGUUCACGUAUUCGUCCAAUAUCUAAUAAGGGACAAAGUUCGUCAUGCUGAGCUGACGAAAGCUUACUCGUCUAUAAUGCGUUACGAAAAUCUGUACGAUCCAAAUUAUAUACUUCAAGAAAUGACAGAUUUCAACGCGGAACACUAAAGUAGUUUACGGGUAGAUUUUAGUGAAAAUUCUAAGAACUAUUUUGUAUUAUUUUUGUAAGUUCUCGUCUCAAUAUCGAUUGUUAGCAAAAAUGUUCAUGAAUUUUGUUUACAAUAUUAAAAUUGUCAAUCGUGUAGGCAAUUUGACUCAACAUGGCAGCAUAAAAUAAUAAACAUAAGCUAUAAGUAACGCAGAACUACUUUUAAGCAAAUUUAUGUAGUCUUCUUUAUUUCGUAUGUUUAAAAUUGUUGUUUUUUUUACUCUACAAAGCAGCUAGUAGUUAUAGAUUUUUGUUCUAAAUAUUUAAAUAUUUAGGAUAUAAAUUAAGGUUCACAAACUAGCUUUACAAUAACAAUGGAAUUGAAACUCAAACUCAUGGCUGUUGCUUUAUCCAACAUAUACAAGUUUAUGUAUUUAUCUCUCCUUUUUUAUUACUAAAGAAUUAUAUUUUAGAAUUUUUUAUUCGGGAUUCUUAAUCAAGACCUAAAUUAUGUGAAGAAAAAAAGAUUUUUUUACAGUAGGCAGCCUUUGUUCACACUAUUUAACAUCGGAAAUCUCGCAUUGUAGAAAUGAUGAUAAACUAACUCAUAUACACUAUAUAUUUUUUUAACUGUAUUUAGUUCUUGAUUUGGGACAGAACGUAGUUCUCUUUAUCGUGUGCAAUUAUUCUAGAUUUAAGUGCUGGGUACUUAGUUAUUAGUGUAAUUGAAUCUUUAGAAUAGUUUUAUGAAGGAAAUAAAAAAAAACACUGAGUUUUA